AUGACCAAGGACUCGCCCAACUCUUCGGGUGGCAGCCGCGCGACACCCAAGAAGCUGAGCCCAACGGCGGCGGUACUGGAAGAGCAGAGGCGGGAGCUGGAGAAGCUGCGGGCUGAGCUGGAGGCGGAGCGAGCGCGCGGGCGGACGGACCGGCGGCGCUUCGCGGCCCAGGCGCGCCAGCGGCGGGAGGCAGCGGAGAGGGAGCGGCAGCAACUGGUUGACCAUCUGCACUCCAAGUGGGAGGCACAGCGGUGUCGAGAGCUCCAGCAGCUGCAGGAGGAGGUGCUCAGAGAGCGCGAGGCCGAGAUCCGGCAGCUGCUCCGUUGGAAGGAGGCCGAGAUGCGGCAGCUGCAGCAGCUGCUGCACCGCGAGCGCGACGGCGUUGUUCGCCAGGCGCGGGAGCUGCAGCGCCAGCUGGCCGCGGAGUUGGUGAACCGCGGCUACUGCGGCCGCGCGGGGGCGCCAGACGUCGCCGCCGCGCAGUGUCACUGUCGCCUGCAGGAAGUGUUGGCGCAACUUCGCUGGGAUACCGACGGCGAGCAGGCCUCGCGCAUCCGCCACCUGCAGGCGGCGCUCGACGUGGAGCGUCAGCUCUUCCUCAGGUACAUCCUGAAGCACUUUCGCUGGCACCCGGUUUUGUCCGGUACCCUCGAUACCCAGGCUGUGCGUUCUUCGAAAGAGCCCCACCCCGGGACUUCCGACGACUCUCGCCAUCCCCCAAAGUUCGCCUGUCGACUCGAAUCCCUUGACAGCCUGGGUGCCCGCGUUCCCAUGCGCUCCCGCUCCCUCGACGUGGUGCCCGCAGCGUGCUCCAAAUCCCCUAACAGCCUGCUCCCCACGCGUGCCAGGUCCCUCGGUUCUUUGGCACCAGCGAGUGUCCGCUUGCUCGACAGCACUCUGAGUCGCCCCAAGGCCCUUGAAUCCGAGGAGCGGGACUCCUCCUCACCAGACACUUUCAUCCUGGACUCACCGAGUCCCCCGCCGCCACCGCUGCCACUACCACCACCAUCGGAGCACAGAGGACCUACCAACAGGCCAGGAGAAGACUCCGGGAGCCAGCCCUGCGAGGCCCUGACUCUCUCACCGCUGUGCCUGGACUACCACAAGCUUGUGAGGCAGAACUCAGAACUGUCCGAGGCGUUGCAGGUGCUGGCGCGCCGCUGCUCUGGCCUGCAAGAAGAGAACAUGCAAUUGCGGCGCGCGGGCUUUCCCGGCGCGGCCGAGGAGAAGGUGAAGCGGCUCAAGGUGAAGAACGCGGAGCUAACAGGCCUGGCUCGGCGCCUAGAGGACCGGGCCCGCAAGCUGCAAGAAACCAACCUGCGGGCUGUGAGCGCGCCUGUGCCUGGGGAGAGUCUCGUUGGCCUGGAGCUGUGCCAGGCCUUUGCCCGUCAGCGCGCCCGAGACUUGUCGGAGCAGGCGAGCGCGCUGUUGGCCAAGGACAAGCAGAUCGAAGAGCUGCAGCAGGAGUGCCACUUGCUGCAAGCGCACAUCGCCUCGGGCCUCAGCAGCACUCCGCACCCUAAUGGGGGUGCGGCCAGCGCCCAGUGGCUCAAAGUUAGCGACUUGGACCGGCUACAGCGCGAGUCCCAGCGGGAGGUUCUGCGCCUGCAGAAGCAGCUGACGCUGCAGCAGGCCACCGGCUGCGCCCGGAAGGAGGCGAGCUGCCAAAGCGUACCCUGCGAGGAGGUGCGGUGUCAGGUGCAGGCGCUGGAGCUCGAGCUGAGCGCGCGGCGGCGCGAGUGCGAGGAGCUGAGCGCGCAGGCGGCGGCGGCGCGGCGGCGCGGCGACGAGGCAGAGGCACAGCUGCAGAUCGCGCUACGUGAGGGCGCCUGGCUGGCCAAGGAGAACGCGCGUCUGCAGGCCCAAGCCGACUGUACGGUAAAGGUGGCAGAAAAGAAUGACGACGUGCGCGGGCAGCUGGGCUGCGCGUGCCGGGAGCGCGACGCCGCCGGCUUGCAGGAGGAACAGCUGCUGCAGCAGGCGGCGCACGGGCAGGACAGGCAGCAACAGCUGCAGCAUGACCUGCAGAAGGCCUUGCGUGAUCUCCAGGCUGUCCGGGAGGAGAUGCGAGCGCUGCAGUGUCAGCCUUGUCACCAUCCCCAGGAACCCCAAGAGGCCCCUCAAGCCCCAGAUUCCCAAGGCAGGAAUACCAGCAGCAGGACCAAGUUCCAGCUGCGGCCUGAAGACCAAGCAUCUCUAAAGCCCAGCAGAGAUAAACAGGAGGAGAAGGAAGCCUCUCUGCUAGAGAGCCCAGUUGCCCUCGGGGAUCUAGCCAGUGACCCCCAACUGCCAGACAGAGUGCCAGAGAGUCAACCUCUGGACUCCAGACCCCAGGCCAAGAAAAUCAGCUCCCAGUCAAGCUCCUCCUCAGAGGUGGAAUCCAUGUGGGCCACUGUGCCAUCCUGCCUUACUCUGGAUGUGGACUCAGCCAGUGAGGUGGAGGAUCUGGAUUCUGACAGCGUGUCCUUGACCCUGGAAGUGGAGGACUUAGAAACCCCUGCCACCCCCAAGCUCAAAAUCUUCCUGGUUCGCUAUAGCUACAACCCAUUUGAGGGACCCAAUGAGCACCCUGAGAAUGAGCUGCCUCUUACGGCUGGGGAUUAUAUAUAUAUCUUUGGGGAUAUGGAUGAGGAUGGCUUCUAUGAAGGAGAGCUUGAGGAUGGCCGGCGGGGCCUGGUGCCCUCCAACCUGGUAGAGCAGAUUCCAGACAGCGACAUCCUCGGCUGCUGGCCCCUGGAAUCCCCCGACCUUUGCCCCACUCAACUCCCAGCUGGACAGGGCAAAGCUUCAAAGGAAGACACUGGUCACUGCUCAUUGCCUGGGAAAGCUCAGCAAACUCUGGACACAGAGAUAUGCCAGAUGGUGAGGGCAGGCUCCCAGACAGAAGUGGCAAUAGAGACCUCUGAUGCCAAGACAGAAGAUGGCUGGCUGGGCUCACUGCAGAGUGCGGAGGAGCAGGACUUCUCCAAACCCCUUCUAGGGGCCAAAGGAGUCCUUUGUGUGGCCCCCAAGCAACUACAACUGCAGAAUGUUACAGCCACAUCGGCCAAGAUCACCUGGGUCUACAGCAGCAGCCACCACUCGCACGUGGUAUACCUCAAUGACCAUAAGCAUGCCCUGACCCCAGCGGGUGUGAGCAGCUACACCUUCUACACCCUGCAUCCCAGCACACGGUACCAGGUGCGGGUGCAGCUGCAGCUGCCGUGGGACUCACUGCAGGUGCACUGGGAAACCAUGUCUUCCACUAUCACUUUUGACACACCCUUGGCAGGACCCCCUGACCCUCCAUUGGAUGUGCAGGUAGAGCGUCACAGCUCACCAGGAUUUCUGAAGGUCAGCUGGCUCCCAGUGACGAUCCACUCGGCCGGGUCCUCGAAUGGAGUCCAGGUCACUGGCUAUGCUGUGUAUGCCGAUGGGCUCAAGGUUGCAGAGAUCACUGAUGCCACCGCUGGGAGCACCCUGUUGGCACUGUCCCAGCUCCAGUUGCUCGUGAUGUGCCAGAAGGUCUCGGUGAGAACCAUUUCACUUUGUGGGGAGUCACUGGAUUCAGUGCCAGCUCAGAUCCCUCAGGACUGUUUUAACUGUAACAAAUCUCCAGAGACCUCUCCCUAUAGCUACACCUGUGGUGACCUGUCUCCCUGCAGAGUCACCUCCCCCACCUGCCCUCAGAGGCUAGUGCUAGCUCCACUGAGUGCUAAGGCCAAUUCCCACAUCCCCAGCAGCUGUGGGGAGCCCCUGGCCGAGCUCCUAGAAGCAUUCCCUGAGGCAUCCCCACGGAGUUGCUCCCUGGUGCCCAACCUGAAUUCAGAGAGAGAACGUCCAAGUGCAGGGGCUGGCAACCAAACCCAAGGGCUCACAGAGGCCUGGGGAGUCCACAGAAAAGACCAGAUCUUUCAGAAGAGUCCCCAGAGCCACAAGCCGCCUCUGCCCAGCAGCCAGUCCGAAGGGGAAGAAGACCACUACCGGCACAUGGGCAACAGCCAAAGCCCUGCCCUGGGAGUUACCCGUCUGUUCCCUGGGUGUGGGCCUGGGAAGGGAGCAUGCCAGGCAAAGUCUGACCUUGAGAAGGUCCUUGGGCAAAAGCAAGAUGCCCAAGUGUUCACCCCUCCCCAGACGGGCACCAGCCACCAAUAUAUGCCUGACUUCCACGACAUACUGCAGGAGGAGGAGGCGGCAGUGUGCUUUGGUCCAUGGGCCACAGAGAGGCAAGGACAGAGAAGGGAGUUUAGGACCCAGAGUGGGCGAGGUCAGGCCCUGGGGGGUGAUAGAGAGAACCAGCCCCAGGAGCCCAGCUCUGCACCUAGUCCAGCUCCAUCCAGCAAAGCCAUUAAGCUGUCCAGUGGAGGCCCCCCAUUGCUUGGGGCGAGCGCGGACACUCCAGUCAGGGUCUUUGUGGCGCUCUUUGACUAUGACCCCCUGGUGAUGUCCCCCAACCCUGAGGCUGCAGAGGAGGAGCUGACCUUCCAGAAAGGGCAGUUGCUGAGAGUGUGGGGCUCUCAGGACUCCCAUGGCUGCUACUAUGGGGAAUGCAACGGUCAAGUGGGCAACAUCCCUGGGCACCUGGUGGCUGAGGUGGAGGUGGCCAUGGAGGGGACUGGUAAGAGGUGGCAUUUGCCAGUGCAAGGACACCUGCCCUCUGUGGCCCACUUAGAUGACUUAGAGGGGCUCACCAGCCCCCAAGAAGCCUUCCCUCUGCCCCAAGGGAACCCCAGGAAACCCUCACUGUGGACUCCAAUGACCAUGAUGGCAGCUCUGGACUAUGACCCCAAAGACGAGCAAGCAGGGGGUCAGAUGAAGGACAAGCUGUCACUGAAGGCUGGGGACCUGGUCACAGUCUACGGGCCAAUGGAUGACAAGGGAUUCUAUUAUGGGGAGUCAGGCAGCCACAGAGGCCUUGUCCCAGCCCACCUGCUGGAUCACGUGUCCCUCCAUGGAGAGUGAGCAGGGCUACCCAAAGGGGUAGUGACUUCUGGCCACCCACU